UAAACAAGAUUGUCAGAAGACCCACUGGCUCCAUCACAAGGGUCUGUGUCGCCCCAACACAGAGAACGUGGGCCUGCCCUUCCUGAUCAGCGUGCCAGAGUCCCGCCUCUCCUACGCCCGCCUCACCCAACUGCUGGAGGGCUACACCAGGUUUUCCGUCAACGUGUUCCAGCCUCCUUUCCAGUCAGACAGGACAUCCCCCGAAACAACCCAGUCCCGCACUGACCUCCCCCCAAUGCCAGCAGACUCUCCUGAGGGCCCUGGGUCCGGGGAUGAGGCUGUGGGUGGCAGUAGUGUAGGAGAAGCUGAUCAGGAUCUGGAGAGCCCCCCCCUGCUGCCUGAGGCCCAAGCAGAGUCCGCUCAGGCCUCAACGCUCCUCUCCGGGCACUCCCUGUCCACCACACGGACUGCAGACUCAGGAUUCUCUGAGCCGAUCUCCUCUGCUUCCUGCUGCUCUCUGGACCAUCUUGCAGAGAAAGAGACGUCUUGUGAGAAAGCAGUGCGCCCGGAAGCUGCAGUAACAGGCUAUCAGCAGCCAAGUGAAUCAGCAUCGGGUCACGCCAGUCAGUUCUACAUCGCUGUGCUGGACUACAACAACAAGGAACAGAGGCUGGAUGAAAGAGGUACACCCAGAAUGUCCUUAAGUACUGAUAUUCAGUUGGAUUCUUAG